AUGUCGCGCGACAUCUCCCAUCUCCUGGUCUGGACCCGUGACGAGCCCGAGAUCAAGACCCCCAAGCCCUACGCCAACUUCGAGAUCGAGAUGGCCCUGAAGGAGCUGGCACGCAUUGCACACAUCACAGCUAGCGUUGCGCUGGCCAGCCGCCAUGCCGCUCUUCGCGAGGUCGAUGAGAAGAUCCAGAUCCACCUCGACAUCCUCGCCGAGAACCCCCGCGACCAGGCGGCUUGGCUCCGGGAGCUGAUCGUGGCCUGUUUCCCGCAGCAGCAGACUGCAGACGUCGGGGCCCACACGGACGACGACGGAUGGGACGCCUCCCACACCCACACCCCGGCCUCCACCAACACCGACUCGCCCUCGACGGCGGAGGAAGAUGCCGAGUUCGCUCUCCAUCUCGACCGCGUCGCCGCGGAGCGCAACGCCAACUUCGCCCAGCUUCACAUCGAGACUUUGGGCCAGAGUACGGUCGACCUCUCCAUCGACCUUGCCUGGAAGAUGCGUGCGUACGGUGUCAACAGCUUGCAGCAGGUGAUGCACCGCCGCGCCGAGCUCAUCAGUGAGAUCGCGAAGCUCCACGACGGAUUUCGUCCUUGGCACUACGGCGUUUGCGGCUCGCCCGACGAGUGUGGGCUGUGCGGGCCGCUCUUUGUCAUGGGGAGUGAGGAGGGGGAGGAAGGUGUCGAGCUGGAUGGGGUUGAGGAGGAGGAUUAA